AUACUCGUCUUUCAUCUUUGGCCACAGCAGCGUCACUGAUCCAGCCGUCACCAGCCUUCAUUGGCAUUGGGGAGCCGAGAGGAGUUCGCUGGUUUGGUCUUCGCGGGACUUCUUCACUAUAUAUCCGAGAAAUGUUUGAGGUGCGAAAUGUGUGCCCUGUGUCACCGUGAACGGAGAGGUCCCUAGCGCUGUGGUGGCCCCGUGCAGCAGCAUCGAGACAGUUGCCCGGUGACUCACGAUUUGUUGGACUUCCUCGUCACGUUAACCUGUUAUCCUCAGCUUCCCACCGCCGGAGAGCAAGAUGACGGAUGUACUGAACUCUGAAAGACGCACCAACCUUGCAGUGUCAAGUAGCAAAGGCUGUGCUGUGUGAGAAGGGUUGGUACGCUAUCAAGACGCUCCUCCAGGCCUGACAGAAAAUUGUUAGCGUGAUGGCAAAGCAGCAGCAGAAGCGGCAGUUCAAGAAGAGCAACAAGCCACAAAAGUUCAGAAAGUCUGAAGUUAAAGAUGGCAUGCAGAUCACGGAAUUCAAGGUCAACCAAAAAGGAAGAGCAAAAAAAAAACGGUUCAUGGGAAGAAAAGUUGUACCCUCUAAAUUGUUACAAAAAUACAGCAAAGGUGAAGGUGUUGAGCUGAAAACAAUUGGACGAAAAGAUUCCUGUGUUCAAAACAAAAUGAAGAAGAAAGAGAAAAAAAUCAAGUGGGCAGAAGAGGAAUCAGCAAGGGCAGAAAUUUUGCUGACAGAAUCAAAAGGCCAGUUGGAAGCAGAGGAAGGCACAUACACCUCACACAUAACACAGACAGAAAUCAAGAAAGCAGUGGACAUUACAUCAGCUGCUAAAAGUUUUGAUCUUAAUCUUGACCAGUUUGGACCUUACAAAAUGCAGUUCACACAAAAUGGGCGACACCUUUUGCUGGGUGGAAGGAAAGGCCAUUUAGCAUCCAUGGACUGGAUUACCAAGAAACUUCAUUAUGAGAUAAAUGUGAUGGAGUCCAUCCAUGAUGUUUGUUGGCUGCACACUGAAGUAAUGAUGGCAGCAGCCCAAAAACAGUGGGUGUACAUAUAUGACAAUCAAGGCAUUGAACUUCAUUGUCUUAAGCAAAUGGAUAGAGUACUCAAACUGGAAUUUCUCCCAUAUCACUUUCUUCUGUGUUCUGGUAGUGAGUCAGGGUUUCUUAACUGGCUGGAUGUUACACUUGGCAAAGAGGUCCUUCGGACCCCAACGCACAAGGGACGUCUAGAUGUGAUGUGUCAGAACCCAUAUAAUGCUGUGCUUUGCUGUGGUCAUCCCAAUGGCACUGUCACCAUGUGGACACCCAAUGCUCCAGAGCCUGUAGCCUCUAUCUUGUGCCAUCCUCAUCCUGUACGAGCCAUUGAUAUAGACCACACUGGCAUGUAUAUGGCAACAGUGGGUGUCGACAGACAAAUGAAGAUUUGGGAUGCACGAAAUCUUGGAAAGUGCCUUCAACACUACACCAUCAGCUCUGGUGCUUCAAAUGUUGCUUUCUCCCAGAAGAGUCUACUUUCUGUGGCCAUCGGGAAUAUUGUAGAGGUUUACAGAAAUGUUACUUUGGGUGGCACUGAUCAUGCUUACAUGCGACACAAAGCUGGCGGCAUAAUUACUGACAUGCAGUUUUGCCCCUAUGAAGAUAUUCUUGGAAUUUCUACUUACAAGGGUUACUCAAGUCUUAUAAUCCCAGGUUCUGGUGAGCCAAACUUUGAUGCUCUGGAAGCUAAUCCCUACAUCAGUAUAUCAGGAAGGAAAGAGGCUGAAGUUAAGGCUCUUCUUUCCAAGGUACCUGCGGAACUCAUCACUCUAGAUCCUCUCAGUAUUGGACAGGUUGAUAUCCCAACACUCAAAGAAAAACUGGAAGCAAAGAAAGCUCUUCUGUAUGUUCGAAAACCCAAGAUAGAUUUUACUCCUCGGUAUCGCAUGAAAGGCAAGAGUGGCUCAUCCCAGAAGUUUAAACGUAAACAGAAAGUAAGAGAAGACACACAGCGAGAAUACUUGAAGAGAGCAUACUCUCAGAGGGAAGAGCUGGGUCUUGGCAAGAAAAAGAAGAAAGGAGAAAAACCUGCAGAAGUUCUCGAUCGAUUUAAGCCAAAGAAAAAGGUUACACAAUCAUGAUAAUCUUAAGGAAUGUAAAUAUUUAAUUUUUUACUAUUAUAAGGAUUGGAAGUUGAAGGCAGCCAGCAGCAAGAUGAUUCAGAGGCUAAAACACAUGGAUCCAGACCACUGGCUGGACAGUGAAGCUGUCAAAUUUUAUUCUCCUGGUAAGUUGAAUUCAGUCAGUAAUGGAGUUGACAGAAUUGAGGUCUUCCAGUAAGGUGUAGAGAACUUUUUUACUACCAUGGAGGCAGAAAUUUAAUACAGUAGUUUAAUAUAGGAAUACAUAUGGGGAUGUUAAUGUUUGUAAAUGCACAUUGUUUUUUAAAGCUGCUCUGUCAGCUUCUUGCUAUCAUCAUCAGCAGCACUCUCACCAUUAUCAUUUAACACUUCACACAGUAAGCAUGAGAUCAUAGUAAUCAUCAUUUAUAGGGACAGAUAUCAGAAUGAGAUGAAUUACCAUUUACAUAAUAUUUAUAAGUGAAGCAAAUAUUGUUUUUCCAUUAUUUGUUUAGUUAUAUUUUUUUCCAAAAUAAAAUAACCUAAAACA